CGGGCGCGGCACCAACAACAAAACAAACGCAAUCGCGCCGUGCUCCGCGCGCGGCUCGAGCGAAUAAACCCUACUCCCCUCUCGCUGCCCAGCGGGCCCCUUCCCGUAUGGACGGAGGGGCCCAUGCCGCCGCCGUCUCGGGCGGCUCGUCGGAGGCCGGCGGGGCGUCCUCCUCGUCGGCGUCGUCCGCCUCGUCGUACGGCGUCUCGGAGUCCCGGUUUCGGCUGAACAAGGGGGUGCACCUGCGGCGGCGGCGGCGGCGGCUGGCCGACAGGGGAAGCAAUAAGGGCAGCGCCGGUGACGGCGUCGUGCAGGAGCUCGCGCUGCCUCUCGGGAUGUCCUUCGCGGCGGUGCUUGCCCAGGUUCUGAAUAGAUGCAGUGGUUCUGGAGGAAGUUUACAGCCUCAUGUCCUCUCAAAGAUGUGUACCUCAGCUGUGAAGGAGUCCUUAACAAAUAUUUAUGGUGACAGAUUCGAGAUUUUCAUUAGAAACUUUGAGAAAUCAUUUGGUAGUACAUUGAGAACCCUUCACCUUAUCAGUGAGACCCCUGCCUAUGAACAAGAUAUGCCUCAAUGUUUUUACAAAGGUGGUAAUUCUGUACCUGAAAUCAAGUUGAGUGGUGGUGAUUCACAAAGUUGGAUACAUGAUGUCCAGAAAGAUACACCCUUGAGCUCCAUGGAUAAUCAGAUUAUUCUUCAUGCUGGUGUCAAUCAUCAGCUGGCCCACCUUACUCAUACUAGAUCUGCUCCAGGAAUUGAUCAGUGUGUUCUUAGUGUAUUCGAGAGAUCUGUCAAUGAGCAAGCUCGUUCAAAUGAGCUCAAGGAACUUGAUAUAGGACUUAAAUUGAGAGAAUUGGAGUUGAGGAAAUCUCAGUUAGCUCUCAGCUCCGAUGCAAACGAGUUAAAAAAGGUUGAAAUUCGUUUGGGAUUUCAGAAAGUCUCUUUCAAAGUGGAGAAACUCGAGACUCAAAUGGAGGAUACAAGACAAGCAGAACUUCUCAGGAAGCUUAUAGAUAUGCUUCUUACUGCUGUGGUACUCAUGUCUGUAUGUUUUGGAUAUGGAACAUAUAUUUACUCGUACCAGCGGAUAACUGCUGUUACUUCAGCUUGUGCAGCCGCUUCAAGGGAGUAUACAUCUUGGUGGAUGCCAAGUUCAGUGUCAGCUUUCAACUCGAAUUUUCUGAAUUUCAGAUGCAAUUUAAUAGCAUCGGCGAGGAUAUCAUUUGGACUUUUGAUGAUCCUAUUAAUCGCUUGGUUGAUAUUCCAGCGUUCUGCAAUGACUGGACCAAAUAUGCCAAUAACGUUCAACGGUAUGUUAUUGGGAGUUGUUUGUGGUUGGUUUGGAAGGAAAUGUGUGGACACACUGGGUGGGGAUGGAAAUGUAUGGCUUGUAUUCUGGGAGGCCAUUUGCUUCAUCCAUUUACUUGGAAACACCUGGCCAUCUCGUUUACAUUGCAUGCUCAAUGGUCCUAUUUGUGUUACUGACAGGACCAAGGCUGUUCGUCUACCGUAUUGGGCUCGCCGAUACACAUUUUAUGUUUUGCUGACACUUAUUCUGCCAUGCUCGGCUGGUUUGCUGCCAUUCGCACCUCUGUCAGACUGGAUAGAACCUGCAAUUCAAUACAUAAAGUCCAUACUCAGUGGAAGUAACAUUGAGGAUUGACUAUUGAGAUUGGUUGUGGUUACUGGCAUGAUAGGCAACCUGGGCAAUAGAUAUUUUGUAAGCUCAAACCUAUUUUAUGAAGGUGGAGUGGUUUUGCCCACUGUUAUCCAAGUGAAAUACAUAUGAAUUGGAUUUCAGGACAGCAAGGAGGAAAGCUUUCAUGCUUAAACCUCUGUUCUUGCCUUGUAGUGAGAUAUCAGAUGGAUCAGGUUGUGGAAGUUGUGCUCCUUUGUGCAUCGCCACUGAUAUCAAGAGCAAGAUACAUCAUUUCGCUAUGUAACUUCUUCUCACCAGGCAAGCUUGAAUUAUAACAUAACCUAAUAAGCCUGCAAUUUCAUUGCCUCUUUUUGUGGCCCUUUUGUGCAAGGACAUUGCCCUCAGCGACUGGAAUCUGUAGGUUUCCCUUUCCUUCCCUUCUCCGUAAGCCCUGUAAAUAGUUUCUCGCGUGCAUGCAUGUUGUGAAGGGAAGCUUGCCAGCUCAACGUGUCAUUUCUUUUUAUUUGCAUACAUCAUUUGUUGUGCGUAGAACAGUGAUGUACAAUGAUGUAAAUCUGUAAAGAUUUAUAUCUGCCGCGACGUUGAUCAAUUGUGUGACCAGUUCUUUAA